AUGUCGUCGCAGCCCAUGACCGAGGAGGAAAGAGCCGCGUUCCAGGCGGCGGCGCUCGCGCGUCUUCGCAAUCCGCCGGAGAGGGUCGUCCCGGACCGGCUCUUCGUCGAGGCGGCGGAGUACGACGUGCUCCAGCGGCUGACGCAGCAGGACUACAACGAGCUGAUGGACGAGGUGGUGGCCGGCACCGUCGGCCGCAUGACCGACGAGCGACGCGCAGAGCUGCACGCCGGAGACCUCGAGCUCAUCCAGCAGCGCGUCGGCGUGGGCGUGGAUGCGUGCAUUGCGAGGUAUGAGCAGGCGCAGCAGCCGCUCCGCUUCGUGCGGGGCGACCGCGUGGCCACGCACGAGGAGGACCCGGCCGACCCUACCGGCCAGACAGUGCUGCCGUACGUCAAGAUCGACCCGCCCGAAGGACGGCUCAUCUCUGUGCCGACGGACGAGGUCUACGUGUGCCGAGCCGAGGUGUGCUUUGGGCAGCGGGAGGAUGGGCUCGAGUGGACCUCGUACUGCCUGCCGCCGCCCGCCGCCAAGCCCGUCGCCAAGCCGCGCCGCUUCGCCGCCGGCGAUCGCGUCGCGUGUGCGGUGGAGGACCCGUCCGACGCGUACUCCGUCUGGGCGGCCGGGACGGCGACGCUCUACGGCGAGCACGCGGCGCCGCGCACACUCUCCCAUACCGCGUACAACUUGACAGCGGCGCGGCAGUGCUGGCGCACCGCCACGAGCACCGGAAGGGACCCACUCCAAUGA